AACCAGAGGGACAGGGUGGAUGGGAGCUGCAGGGAUCAUUUUGUUCUGCCCCGGGCGACCGUAUCUCUGGUUACGCCACUGCACUCAGUUGAAGGUCUCAGCCAAUGAGAGGGCCCUGCACUACAUGGCUUAACGCAGUGGAGCCUGUAACAGGCUUACAGCAGACCAAAGACGAACUUCAACGAGUGAGAACUAAGCUGGUGGAAAAAGCCAGCCAAGCACUGCUUGAUGGUCUGCUCGAUGACCUACUUGAUGGAGCAAUAGUGAGUGAGGCAGAAAUGGACGACAUCAAACAGAGAUAUCCUGUUACCAGAGACAGAUGCCGCCAAAUAGUUGAUACAGUAAAGCGUAAAGGAGACUUGUCCUCUAGUUUCUUACUCCAGAAACUAUCUGAGAGGGACACCAUUCUCUGCACAGAACUAAAUAUAAAAGCUCCCAAGGAGAGGCAGUCAACUGGACCUUUCAACAUUCCAGUUCCCCCGAAGAGACUAAUGGCAGGACCGCCCUUGCCUUCAGUUCCUCCGCAAAGACAAACGGCAGGACCAUCAUGGCCUUCAGAAACUAAAGAAGAGAUUACUUUAUGCUCCGACGAAGAAGCUGAGAUGAUUAUAGCGACAGAAGGCUCUAAGAUGUAUGCUGUUAAGCCCCGGAGAAAUCGCAAGCGGUUGGCUCUGCUGAUCUGUAAUAUGCAGUUCAAUUUUCUGAGUGAGCGCAAAGGAGCUGAAUAUGAUCAUAUUGGAAUGACCAAACUACUACAAGACCUUGGGUUCGAAGUUCAGUCUUUUAUUAAUCUGACAUCAAAGAUGAUGCAGGAGAAAAUGAAGUCAUUUGCCAAUCGGGAGGAACAUGCAGAAUCUGAUAUUGCUAUGAUAGUUGUUAUGUCUCAUGGAGAAAGAGAUGUGAUCUGUGGGAUUAAUAGUAAACACAUUGAACAUGAAAAUGGCACAAAAGAAAAUACAGACCUUCUGAAAAUUGAUGACAUCUUCAAAACUUUUAACAAUGUGAACUGCUCUAAACUACGGGGCAAGCCUAAAAUCAUCAUUGUCCAGGCAUGUCGUGGAAGUGAAGCAGGUCAAGUCUGGGCAAGUGAUUCUACUAAGAAUGACCAAUUUGAAACCAAUACAAUGUGGGCCAGUGAUUCUACUAAGAAUGACCAAUUUGAAACCAAUACAAUGUGGGACAGUGAUUCUACUAAGAAUGACCAAUUUGAAACCAAUACAAUGUGGGACAGUGAUUCUACUAACAAGGAUGCUAGUGGCCAAUUUGAAAGCGAUACAAUGGUACAAAUAGAAACAGACUCCAUCUGCUUCUGUUCUACAACCCCAGAUACUGUUUCUUAUAGAGAUCCCAAAAGAGGUUCACUUUUUAUCCUGGCACUAAUUGAAGAAAUCAAAAUAACUGCUCACAAUAUUCCGUUAGAGGACAUCUUCCGUCAGGUCAGAUCAUCUUUUGAAGGUAAACUGCAAAUGCCUACCUCGGAGAGGAAUACUUUAACAAAGAAAUUGUAUCUACUGCCAGGGUACUGAUUCACCUACACGUACCAAAUGAAGAAAGGAGUUGCAAUCCAUGUUUGACAUAUGAAUCCUUCUUACUCUCUGUCAACUAUUCUAUAUAAAAAAUGAUCCCUGCAUCUUUUGUUAGGAUUAACUAAUAUUUCAGAUUUUAUGGACUUUUAGCCCAACCGUCGUCUGACAGCCACUAGUAAACUUGUAAGAGUGCGAAACAGUGUAAUUUGUCUGAAAUUGUACUGUUUAUAACUGAAAUACUGCAGGGGUAGUAUCUAUGCACCAAGAUCACUUUAUUAAGAUGAAAUUAUUUUGGUGCUUAGAUUAUCUCUUUAUCUGCACAGGUACCAAGCAUUUCGGAGUCUUUGAAAAAUCUUGAAUAAGGGUCAUCAAUGAUCGCAACGAAGAUAUAAAUUAUUAUUUUUUAGAUGAAAAGAGUGGCAACUUUCAGCUCUACUGUGCCUUUAUAACGUCAUAAAAGUCCUCUGUAUCACUGCUGUAUAUUUGCUAAUUCUUACU